UAUCUUUCUGCCUCAGCAAUGGCAGAAGCUGUUAUAAGACACUGGGUAGAAACUCCCAUACGCUAUCAAGAGCAGUUUGCUGUCCAAGAACUGGAAGCACACAAACUAGAUCACUCUUUAUAUGCUUUGCCAGGCCCUGCUACAGCUGCACUGAGCAACAGAAGGUGUAUCAGCGAAAAUACAGCUGAGACUGGGAAGAACGACCAGAAAGAGGAAAUCACACGCUUUCAGGUCUUGCUGGAUGUUGUGCAGUUCCGUCCUGAAGAUAUCAUUAUUCAGACUUUUGAAGGCUGGCUUCUGAUUAAAGCUCAGCAUGGACCCCGGAUGGAUGAACAUGGUUUCAUAUCCAGAAGCUUUACCAGACAAUACAAAUUACCUAAUGGAGUGGAGAACAAAGAUUUGUCUGCACUUUUCUGCCAUGACGGUAUUUUGGUUGUUGAAAUGAAGAACUCAGUGGGAAAGAAUUAGAACUUUGCCUAUAGUUUAUUGGUGAGAUAAAAUAAUUUUUAGUACAACCAAACAAUGUAAUUCAAGCAAUGCUAUAGAGUGCAGUAAGCAUGUGGCUGCAUUUAUCCUACAGUAAAGGAAAAUCUUUGUAUGUAUUUUUCAAUAUGCUGUGUUUAUUGUUUGAUGUGAAGUGUUAGAAAGUCAGAUAUGUUGGAAAGUCAUAUUCUUUGACAGUUUAAAAUUUAGGCUAGUCACAGCAAGAAAGAAAGAAUCAAUUUGACAGCAUACUAAAAAUAAAGCAUACCUAAGAGUUCAGUAGGGAGAGCUGUGUUUC